CAAUUCACAGUGGAGCAUGUCCAUCAGUUUUAGUGGUCAACCCAACGAAAGCUCCAACUGGCCAGUUCGGGGACAGCUCCCCGUCGUCAUUGUCCACGUUGAAUUGCUGUCGCGUCCUGGGUAUCCAACACCUUUGCAAUCGCAACUCCUCAAUCCAACACUGUUCCGCAUCGCCUCGCCAAGCUGCCGGUAGGUUAACAGUGAUGUCGCGACCACAUCUCUGCAAUCGCAGUCACUGACUAUUUCCUCCAGCCCGUCUCCCAAGCCAAGUCAACGCAUCAGUUUCCCCUUGAUCCCCCCGAUCCACUUGCGACGAUGAUUUCCGACGGCGACCUCUACCGCUUGGCAAUUUUCCUGGGCUCUGCGUCCAUGGUGCUUAUUGUCCUUUACCACUUUCUCGAGAUCAACUCUUCGGACGCGGCCCAAAAGGUGGAAGGCGGAAAAGGUGCCUCAGCCAAGAAGCAAACUACGAACUAAGCCUUGCGAUCGGGCAUUUGCAACGUUGUACCAUUUGUUUUACGAUUCGGAACUGUACAUUACGUCGAUUUAUAACUGGGCCGCCAUGGAGACGCAUCGGACAGCCAGAGGCAGAAAGUGCAGCAGCGGACAGGAUAAGACGAGGAGUUGAGCUGAGGAGCCUCCCUGAAAACGACGAGGCUGAGAGAGAGAGACGGUGCGUGAGUGGGUGGGUUCGCGUAGGCAAGGAAACGAUGAGCGAUCUAAGGCUACUUCUGAGCUCAGAAACAACGAGAGAGGAGAAUCUUGCUCGCCAGCUUUCCGCUGGGAGAUGAUUGUGGAACUGGCAACGCAUAGACAGGAACAAAGCCUAGCACUUUAGACCCCAUUUUAGCCAGGGAAUUCAGACAACCAGCCAAUGGCCAACUACAAAGGGGCUUUGGCCGCAAAUUGAGGCAACCCAGGGAGAGGUUGCCUCCUCUUGA